AAUUUAUCUUGGUGUACAUGAGGGCAUCUGUGUGUAUCUGUGUUCUCGUUGUGAACAGCUGCGUAAUUCAACCUACAGGACUGACCUUGUUCAUUGUUUAUUAAAGUUACUGGCGUAGGCUUUCUCUUGUCAUACCUUUGUUUUGUUAGAAACCAUACACACCUGCACAGAAUGAACUGUACUACAUUUAGUAAAUCAGUCCUUCAUGAGCCUACAUCAGGGGUGGGCAAACUACGGUCUAAGGACCUCUUCGGACCGCCACGUCUGCCAAAAUGUGAAGUGCACUUGUUUUACAUAUUUUUAUUCGGCCUCGGUUAAUUUUAUCGAAAAUUUAAUUCAUCAGUCUGUAACAUUCUAACAGGACAAAAUACAAAAACACGGAUGACAUGUCCGAUGGAGUCGUUAGAGAGUAUCGGGCUCCUGCCUCCAAAGGAAAGGAUGGUUUUAAAAUUUCAUUGUGAUCGAAUUCACACAGCUUCAUUUUACAUCAUAAAUUCGAUCUUCGAGUGUUCACUUCGAUAAGCAGACGCCGACGUGUAAUGAUGCUGCAGCAUCACCAUCACCAGCGACACCAACUUCAGCAGCUUCCUUCACACUGUCGUCAGACGAGAAGGGCGAAGGUGACGACUAUGGUUCCCCGAGAGUUCACAGGUCGCGAUCUGCUGGUGAUGCUCAUCAGCUGAAGAACCAGCUCUUCUAUGCUUCAGCGCCUGCUGCCUUAGCCUUAUCUUCCUUCGCUAUUGCAGAACUCUUUGGUGAGGACUUAGCUGUCGACCUCAUCGGCAAGGAAGGCAAGCAGGAGUUCGAUGAAAAUGUGUGCAAAGCCGACCGAGCGGAAAAGCCCCACCGGGUUCCCAAAACCUCUGCUUUGUUGACUAAAGUUGAAGAAGAAGAUCAUCUCAAAAUGCACCAGCAAGUCGACGCCCAACCGGAAGUGGCUUACUUCCCUUGGUUACACGAAAGACAACGGGCGCAGUCUCUGAGGAGGCGGAAGUCUUGGAUCGCCAGAGAGAUCGGUUUGGGAGGGAAGCAAGGCGAGCUACUGUUCCGAGUCGGAAUCCAGCAGGACAUGGCGCUGAAAACAUUCCGGAGACGGUUGCUGUUGGCGACGGGUUGUCUUCCGGUGUUGUGACAUCAAAAGCAAAGAGAAAGAGUGUGAACCUGGUGCCACCGACGCAGAUGACUGUGCGAAGGUCCAACUCGGAAAAAAUGUCUCCAGAGGAGUCGGGUACGUUGAAGGAGGCGCUGACUCCACGUCGCUCCACCAUUUCGACGUUCAGAAAAUCCAUGCCAUCACUGCUUUUGACUAAAGAUCCGUCACCAUCAGCAGAUGAGACCACAGUUGAAAGUGCAGAGCAGGGAUCAAGCGAAACCCACCAGGGAUCGAGUGAAACCCGAAAGUCUGGCAGCUCUGUCACUAGUGGAUGCUUUAUCUCACACAGUUUGGAAAGUGUUGCUUUUGUACCAUGUGACAACAGCAGUCCAAAGGCUGCAGGAGAGCCCAUAAAAGUCUCAGACAGCUCUGAGCUGCCUGCAAAUAUCAGCAAGUCCAAAAAUGCCAGAUUCCACAAGCUCUUUAAAUCUGUACCAACUGAUGAGUACCCUCUCGACUCAUUUUCCUGUGCUUUUAAGGGAGACAUACUGCUUCAAGGCAUGAUGUAUGUAUCCCAGAACUGGAUAUGUUUCUACUCCAAAAUUAGAGCGCGUGGUAGACUGCUGGAGAUUCCACUUGAAAAAGUAAUCAGCAUCACAAGAGAGAAGCUUGCCCUGUUUAUUCCAAAUGCCAUUGGUAUACAGGUUGCAGACCAGAAGUAUGUCUUUGGGUCAUUCAUGUCUCGUGACAACACAUACAAGCUGUUGCUUACACUGUUGAAACUGUCACAAGACACUGCCAUCAAACCAGUCAGAUCUCUGUGCAAUGGCAACAGUCAUGAGGAUGACAUCACACACAGUGCUGACAUCAGCUGUGAAUCUGACACUACUGAGAAUGAGUCUGAUGAAGCAAAAGAAAUAUCUGAGGGUGUCCAUUCUGCUUCUGCCUUUCUGCAGUCUGCAGAACUUCCAUCUGCUCAUGAAAAAAAGCAGCAUGCUGUUAGGAAAUCCCCUGUACUUUCUACCGUUCGCUGUAUAGACUGUUGGAAAAUAUUUACUGCAUUUUCUACAUUUGCUGUGAAAAUCCAGAAUGUUUGUUUCAGAAUUCCACGGACAAACCUUCUUCUGGCAGUCUGCUGCAUACUGGUUCUUUUCCUCUUCCUGUCAGCAAUGGGAUUAACCUACAAAAUACUUCUGUUGCAAACUCAGCUUGAGAUGAGUAACCUCUGGACUCCAUCACACCAAAAGUCAUUCAGGGAGCAGGUGAUGGGGAGUAUGUACACACUGCAGUCAGAAAGUCACAUGGCCACAAUCCAUCAGCUUCAUGAUGUUCUCAAAGCCAAUAUUCAGGUUCUUGAGCAGGUGCACAGGUCCUUGAAAAGCCUUCAAGGUUUUUCAACACUGGCAUCAUCUCAAGACUGUCCCACAAAGAAGUGAGCUGCUGCAUGAACAGUUCUAGUCAUCCUCACAGAUUUCCAAAUGUCAGCAGUCAGCAGGUCUUGGAGGCAAGCAAGACAUCAAGUGUUUUCCGCAGAAAAUUGGAUGGUAGUGACAGCAAUAGUCAGCUUUAGAGUCAUACAAAAGGUCAAUAAUGUGGUUAACCUCAGUCCCAUCAAGUCUGUCCCUUCAUGGACAGCCUAUGAGCUGAUGGAGCAUACAUUCGCAUGCACAUCAUCUGCAUCCUCCAGCACACCCAGGUUACAACAAGCUGCCCUGAUCCUCCACUCAGGAGGUGGUCCUUAUUGACACACCGCAAGGUUCACUGGCAGAGAUGGUGGCCUCAGUACUUCCCUGUUCAUACUAGUGCAAGGGCCAGUGUUCCUGCUUUAAUUAGCCUAGUCAUCACCGUGACCAUGACUUAUUUGCUGUCAGACAAUCUACAUUGGCAUUCAGACUCCAGAGAAAUGUUGAAAUCUUCUGGCCAUUUCUUAUAAUGGAUUGCCUUAGCACACACUGGAAGGAUGCGGAGAGAGUCUGGUAGUGUGCCUUACUGGAUGCUUGUGUCUCUUCACUAAUCCUUGAGAACCAAAGAGGACACACAUUAACAAGCUGUUUGCCCAGAUUAUUGUGCGCUUCUUCCUUGUGGUGUUACUUUACCAACGAGCACGCUGAAAGGAACUGCCACUGCCACUCUCAAAUGGAAACAUCCCCUGAACGCAAUAUGCAGCCAGCAUGAUUUGCUGCCGGUUUCCUUAGGUCAAGAUCACCAUUUUACAGACUAAACAGAACUUGAGGACUGCAGUGAUUAUUAUUUCAGACCAGUCUGAAAGAUGGUUUGAUUUGCAGCUGUCCAUGUUUACCUGUUCAGAUGCACGUUAGACAGUAUUUUUACUCUAACAUCAUGGGUGGCAGAAAGGAGCUAUCCAACACUUCUAGACUAUCAGCCAUUUUAUGAUUCUGAUUUUUCUUUUAGCAGGUGACUUCUUAAAUCUUUCCACAUCCCUUGGUAGCGUGGUACUAUAUGGAUCCAGUAGAGAUCAAACAUCAGAAUAAUGUCAUAGUCUACAUCCUUAAAGUAGUGGGCUGAUAGUCUGUAUUUAGUUAACUGUUCACAAUGAGUCCCUUAUCUCUGGCUAUAUUCAACACUCCUUCACCAAACAGAUACUUAUUCCUCUUCUCAGUUCAUUGAGUCUUCGUCUGGUGUAUCUUAUAAGACCUAAAAGCAUGCAGAGUGUUUCAUACUCUUUUCCAAAAAUCGUAUGUGACUCUGUGUGCCUGUGUGUUCACCAUCUCUUUUACGUCUGUGCAUGGAUCCAGAACUGUGUUUUGUAUCGGUAAGUGUCCUGCACCUGAUCAUACAUUCCUUUUGCUGCUUAGGUUAAUGAAAGGGGAUUUCAUAUUUCACUAAAUAUUUGCCCACAGCUGAGCUUGUGGGCUGUAAAUACAUCAGCAAUUCAUGCUGGCUGAUCACUUCAGAUGUAUCGAACCUGUUGCUAGUCAGACAUUGAGCAUUGAUGCUUUUUUCAUAAGACUUGUGCAGCAGGUUUAUUGAGCUGUGUACUUUGCUGGUAACCUGCAUGCAUUCUCAGGCUGAGACAGGUGAGUGUCCAUGAUUGUACUUUUGUACUGAUCUAUACAUACAUGUUUUAACUUCAUGAUGAGCUGGCUGGUUGAAGCCACACAGUGCAAUGUGCACACUUGUUAUUUGUUGUUUGAUAUAUUAGUUACAAUAUAUGAGUUACUAUCUGCUAUACAUGGUAAAAGUAUUUCAGCUGCUACUGGUUUUUUUUUUCAAGAGGUUUUUUUUUGUUCUUUCUCCCUCUCUCACAUUCACAAUGCACACAUAUUCACAAAAGCUGUCCAAAAAUUGUGAGCAUGGCAGAAAAGCUAAAAAAGCACAUUUCACCAAAGAGGAAACAAGAAGUUAUGAUAAGUAAAUGCCUGUUUUGCAUUUGGGCAUUUACAGAAGUGUAGGUUUCAUCUUGGUAAAACAAUGUUUUUGGUUAGUGUGAUGUGCAUCAGUGUUAUCUGUUGAAAGUUUAUUUAAAAUAUUAGGGGUACUGGUGGACUUUGAGAUUUUUCUUAAAGUAUUGGUGAAGGCAGCUGAAGUUUUCCUGUAGACUAAAAAUAUAGGAAGCAAACAAUUGACAGAAAAAAAAGUUUUCUAAAUAUGUUGUCAGCAUUAGUGGCAACUAAAAGCUUAUAUGUACAUAGUUUUGGUGUUUUAUCUCAUCAGUCAUUUCCGUUUUUGUACUUUGGUUGUUUUUUUUUUUACAUUAUUGGCACUUCGUUCAUUUCCCUUGAGCUGAAAAUGUGAGGGUUUUAGAGAGACAAAGGACUUCAAAUCCUGUCAACUCUUACAGCUUGCUCUGUACAGGGGAAAGAAUAAUGCUUCAGUUGUAUUUACGCUAGUGCUUAUUGGAAUCUUGUUUCAAAUUGUCAUGGGGUUUUUAGGGCUUCGUUCUGUAGUAAAGACUGUCAUUGGAGUAUUUAUCUAGUCUAUAAAUCACUUGUAAAAUAUGAUAAAAAUGGUUAGACUGUAAAAUUUGUAUAUUUGUACAUGCAUGCACAUAUGUCCAUGUUUAUUGAAUGUCAAGAUCUCACUUGUUAAAUAAUUACAGUAUAUAAACUGAUGAUUCAGUUUCAAUUCUGGUUCAGUUUUCACACCAUCAUGAUGUACCUGUAUAUAUAUGACAGAAAAUAAAUAGAAUCUCAGUGGAAAGGGAGGUAACAGAUGCACAAGCAUUCAUUUUCUUUUGCUGUCUAAAAUUCUAGUGUUUGGGAGAAUAAAUAACAUGUGUCCGUAAUGUUUUAAUAAAAAUUAAAAUCUAUUUUGCUAGAGGUCUUUUUAUUAUGUUUAUCCAGUAGUUAAUGAUUAUAGAACUGGUAAUAUAUGCAUUUAUUCCUUUGUGUUUGAUCCGGUGUACUCAAGAGUUAAGCUCUUGUGGAAUGUAUUUAGCAACUCGGAGAGCGUGUGUUUGUCUCAGUGUCAGAGGGUCAUUGCAGAUGACAUAUGGAGCUAGAAAAGAGAUGUGAAGCACAGCUAAAUGAAAUGAAACUUGUCAGCAUCCAACAUGUAAAUUUUUUUAUUUAUUUUUUUUUUUGGUAGUUUGAUUUUUGAAAAUAGUAAAGUACAUAAGUAAGUGCCAAAUUGUAUGUGAUCCUUCAUGACCACAAUGAAACAUUGUUAUGAAAAAAUAACAAGUGUGUUUGGCAGAUUUUGAAUGUGCAGAUAUUUGCAUAAAACUUCUGUAACUUCUUUUGGACACUGUAUCCAUUAAUCAUAAAUGAUUACAACUAAAGUUUCUAUUGAUCAGUGCUUUUUAAUAGCAAUAUUUCUAAUUUAAUUUUUUUUAAAUUUCCCUUUCUGUUUUGAGAAUUUUGUGUUGUCAUAUUUCAAAGUUUGGGAGGUUUAGAGCUUCAUUUUGCCAACUGUAAUGGAAUCUGACAAAGCUGAACCACAGUUAUGGCUGAAUUUCAAACGAUUUAGUGAAACAGUAAAUUAAUUGAUGCUGGUUGUCUGUACAUUUUACCUGGUUGGUAACUUAAUUUAUUGGAGGUGUGGUAAGUGAUUUCUCAGUAUUUGGAGCCAAAAAGAGAAAGAGCAAGAGUUUAUGAAUGUAUGGGGGACUGCAUGCAUGUGUGUAAGAACUUUUCAGGUUUGCUGUCAGUGUUUCUGCUUUCUUUUGUGAGUAAACAUUUAUGCUGUUACCAUUGAGAAAGGUUCUUCGCCAACCUUCUGUAGCCAGAUUUAUUUUGUUUCUUAAAGGAAUUGUAAAGAUUUGCAAGUGUUACAAGGUUCCAAAGGUAGUCCAAAUUAUGUGAGAAUUAUGGUCCAGUCUUUGUACAAAGCUGUCACUGUUUUUGUCAGAAUGUUAGCCAUGCCAGGGAAAAAUAACUUGAGGCUAUUCUGCAGCAUUAGCACCUUUCAAAUACAUUGCUAAAUUGUAACACUUGUGUGGCUGGCCCACAGUAGAAUAUUUAAUUGUGAAAAGCAUGUUGCCGUUAAAGAACUUCUGUGUUAUUAAAAUUCCAUGCUUUGUCUUAAAAAAUGUCUGAAGAAACACAUCUUAUGCUUUUUGGUGCUUUUCUGAAGUUUUUAAGAUGUUUCAGCAAUUUAAUUAAUUUCUGUUAUCACUUUUGUGAACUUGAGACCUUAUUACUGUUGCAUUAUGGCAACGCUAGCAUCCAAUUGAUGAUGUCCUUGUUUUGCUGCUGCCUUCACAUUCAGCUGUAAUAUUUAUUUGUUAAUAUAUUAGUCUGGCACUUUAUGAAUGCUGGGAAGAGGUGAUCACAAUUUUAUAAAUGAAAAGUUAUUGGGAUGAGGAAACAAAAGGCCUAGUUCUGGCACAAAUGAUUAUUGUUAGUAACGUUGGAGAUAAUAUACAUUAAUUAUGGAGAUGUUACUAAGUCUCCUCAUUUAACCUAGCAAAUGCACUUGGUAUACUAAUUUGGCUAGUGAUCAGAGGAGAGCCAUAUGUGCAUGAGUUUAUUCACAUCUGCACUCAGAGAAAUUUGAAAGAUUGUGAUUGAGCGCUAUAAAUCAAGAUGCUAUGCUGUUUCUUUUUUUUUUUUUUCUUUUUUUUUUUCUUUUUUUUUUUUUUUUUUGAGAGAGAGAGCAAGAACAGCAACUUGUGUUUUAAAUGAUUGUAUGAUUUUCUAGAUGAAAAUAUAUAAACAAGCAGCAUUCCUUACUCUAGUAAAGGUAUUGCAUGUUUCAUGCCGAAAAUGAAGACUCAACCACCCAUUUCUUUCUACCCACUUUUUGUAGAUAGAAGGAUAGCACAGUGUUGCACAAAACUAUUUAUAAUAGCACUGUUUAGCACAAUUUCUUAUGAUGGAUUUUAGAAGAACAACACAACUCAUUAAUACCCCCUAAACAUUGUCUGAUUAUCUGAGAUAAUCAGUCUUAAGCAGAGAUGCUAACAUUAGUUGAAUGUACAAAAUAAAUGCACUAUUUAUUUUACAGAAUAUUGUGUCAUAAAGCACCAUUGAGUUUUCCUGGACCAAAACCAUGUACACAAAAUUUAAAAAAAGAGACGAGUAAAGUCGUCCCAUGACUUCUUUUAGGUCAUUAGAGACAAGACUACAGGCUGUUGGCUCCUACAGCCAAAGAAAGAGAUCACAUUUUACACUCUGUUGACUUUAAAUGAAUUAUAAAUCAGUCUAAACCAUUGUUGCUUGUUUUCUUGUUCAUUUCGAGAAAUAUUUAGAAUCAAAGAUAAAGAUAUCGCUUGAUAUAUAUGUAGCAGCUGUUUAGACUUUUUUUGAAAUAAUUUACAAUUCUUAUGUCUUAUCCUCCAAAAACAGACCUUAAAAACUGCAGUUUGUCAUUUUCCACGCAGACAUAAAAAAUUUAAGUCUAAUAUGCUGCAUGACACACUUUAACAUAUGUUUCGCUAGAAACUAGUGAUUUCCUGCCUAUUGAAAAAAAAAAAGCAUUGCUGUGAAUGUUAAUUCAGUAUGCUAUACAAGUAGAUGACACUUAGGGCUAAUGCCCAUUGUGUUAAACAAGUAUUUCUUACCAGUAUCUUUUAGUUUGCAUAUGUAUUAAAGUUAUUGGUGGACUCUCAUCACAAAUGCAUAGAAGUACAUGUGCCUGCUUCCAUAUUUGAUGUCUGUGGUGUGAAGUGAGAGUCCUUUAUCCUACACAUUUGUGAAAGGGAUCAAGCUGUGAUAUCUAUAUAUUUUGAAAGUCAUGAGAUGUUGACAUUUUAUAGGAAUUGCUUUUUUGUUUGCAAUUUUUUUUUCUUGCUGAUGUAUUCCUUUGACCAAGAGUCCACACAUCACUAUAUUGCAGAAGUGGAAAAAUUUGCUGCUGUGAAAAUGUUAAAAUGUUGCCUUAGCACUCUAUAAAAAUAGAAGUUUUCUAUUUGGUGUCAAGUAAAAAGUCAAAUGUGAGAAUGUUAUCGUUUAGUUUAAGAGCUCAAGAACAACAUAGAAAAGUAGAAAUUAACAUAUUACCUAUGCUGUCAGCCCAGUUUAAUUAGUGCCUUGUGUGUGUGAGGCAGAGGUCGGUGGGACUUCUGUAUGGCAGUUCUGUGUCCGUAACAGUUGUUAAUGUUCCAUAUGCUUGCAGGAUGAUGAUUAGAAAUAUGCUAACCUGAAACAGGACCGCUCUGGUAAAAUAGAGUUUCUUUUAUAAAAGAUAUUAUUGCUACACCUUGCUCCUAUGUGUACUUUCUCAGCACAUCCAGGCCUUUUAUUGUCUUAGAUGCUAUGAUUUGUUGAACACAAGAACAGGUUUAAUCUGGGUCAAAAUUCUACUAAUCAGUGGUUUUGAAGACACUCUGAAUAGCUUUGAGAAAACGUGGGGCACAUCAGAUUAUCUUGACCAAGGCAGGAAAGAGGAAACCGCCUUUUGCUGCAGUUACUUUAGAUUAAGCACAGUGUAUUCAAAUUUAUCUAUAUUUAAAUCUAUAUUUAGCUUAAAGUUUCAUGUCCUCACAUUUUUAAAUGAGCUUAUUUCAGUUCUUCAUAAUCAUAGUCAACGGCAUUUAUUACAGAAUAUUGCUAAACUAUGCAUGUGUUUCAAAUCUUUUUUUGAAGGUGACAAAAUUAAAUUUAAAUUAUUUUAAGUUUUGUCAUGACCAAGUCCUCUCUGCAACUGUUAGAGACUUAAUAGACAGCUAAAGACUUGCAGAACUUAUCUUUUUUUAGCACAAAUGAGAACGUGCAAUAAAAAAGGAACUUGAUGUGUAUACUUUUGCAAAUGCAAGCUUCUACUUCAUCCUUACUCUUAAGGUCUAGAGACACAAGAGAUUGUAAUAUAAAGACAGGUGGUUAAUCAGAACUGCUGUUCUUUAAUAAUUUUGUUUCGACUUCGAUAACACAGAUCUUGUGUGAAGCAAGUAUGUAUGCAAUCAAUAAUUUAUAUAAAUUGUAUGCCUCCUCAUUUUCUUGCACAAAUAUGUACAUGGAUUUACUUCUUUCCAAGAAGUAAUGUGUCAGCUUGAAAGAACUUCAGUGUUUUGGAAAGAAGGAAUAUUGGGUUGAGGUAAAGAAUACAUCUGUCUAGUAGUACUGAUGCUGGAAACUUCACUAUUUGCCUUUCCUGAAGUUUAGUAGGAAUGUUGGCUGAUCUUCUAGGCUUGUUCUCUCUGUAGUAUUAUGGUGUUAUUUUGCCUUGCAUAUAUUCAUUGUUCAAGAAUGUCAUUUUGGAGGUGGGCUACAUCAACCCAGCCAAGUUUAAAUCUGAGACACAAUGGCCAUCUUUGUAUUCUAACCAUGCUUUUGCUACUCUUGAUUGCUAUUCUCUUUGCUUACUUUGAGAAGCUACUUUUUUUUUUAUUUUAAUCAAUCAUCUUAGGGAAGCUUAGUUGUAAAAAAUCAGUUGUUUCAGUCAAGGAUGAUUGCGAGUAGAAAAGUUGACUUACAUUACAAUAAAACCUGAGUUAGGUGCUUACUUGCAUAGGGACCUGUGUGAAUGAAUGUUGACAGGUGUGUGUACAUGCCGGCCGUCAUCUGGAAUAUCAAUAUGUUUGCAUUGAGUGCUUGCAGGAUUGAAUUUUGUUGUUCAAAGGAAGCCAUGAAACUGCAAUUGAUGAUCAUAGUACUAAUGUACACUUGAUUGGUAAAAAUAAAUCAAUUUUGGACUAAGUACACAGUAGGUGUAUUUGUUUAUUUGUUUGAUUGCUUCAAGAGCUUAGUUCCAGCAAGGGUGAGAGCAUCUGUCAAAGUAGCUUUACACAACAUCUUAAAACUGUCAUAAACAUGAUCCAGUUACAAACAACCAGUUAUACUUAACUUCUAUAAACACGUGUACCAAGAAACCGUUCUCCUUUUGGGUGUAGCGUUGCGCUCAGGGGAAAACUUGUGGCGUCUCCCCAUUUGUCCCUCAAAAAAACCAGUACGAAGGAUAAGCACCCGCUGAGUAACUGGAUUCCACUGCCGCAAUUUUUCUAACCGUUUGGCUCAGCAGCAAAGGAUCCCCCACGUGAUUCACACGGAACCUCUGCUACGUGGUCUUGGGAAAGGCUCCGUAUAUCCUUCUGGGAAGAUUCCUUUGAGUUGUUGAGCUGAGUUGACACAGUGCAUAGUGUAGUGUGUGGCCAGGUGUAUAUUUUGACAUAGCAGAGGUUAGAAGUCAAUCACAAGCACAACACCAUCAACAUGUGAACUUAUCGUAGUAGUGAUGGGAGAUACCGGAGUUUCCAACUAUUUUUGCCCCAAAUCACCCUCACUAACACUAUCAACCCUCGGAGAUUCACUUUAUAGCAACGCGGGCUGGAACCAAGGGCGGUGAGUCUUGAUUCCCGUCUUCACUGCCAUCUCCAGUACGUGGUGUGACAUCUGUUUUCUAUGUUGUCGUCGAACUGGCAUCACCUGCCAGGUUUCGGUUGUCUGCCAGCUGCUGCACCUGCCGCUACUUUUUCUGUAGUUUCUGAGACUGAGCUGUCUAAUCAGUAGUACAGUAAGGACUGGAUAUCAAUGGCCUAGGACCCACAUCGCCUCUUGAAAAUCACCUGAAUUGUCUGGGUCUUAGUUUUCAGCUCAUUUCCUCUGGUCGGCAUCAUUCCUUUUUUUCCUUUUUUUUUUCUUUGCGAGAUGAUCUACCGAUGAAAAUCUUGUCACCUAUGUAAUAUGCACAAAUAUCUCAAGUUUUGUAGCUCUUCUGGACAUCACACCUGUUAAAUCUGU